UUCUGCCUUGACUUCACUUCACCUCUUCAGUCUUCACUCUUCACUCACUCUUCACUCUCACCUAUCUACUAGGCAGCUCAACUUCUUCUCUUCUCCAUACAGUACUUUCCUAUCAAAUUAGUCCAGAAUAUACUUGAAACUUUAUAUCAUUCGUUGUAAGGCUAUAGUAUAAUACAAUAUAAAUUUGGAAAACGCUACCUAAAUACAUACUGUUGCAUCAUACCUAUAUACGUUUGACUUCAUUCAUAACCCCUCACUCACUCUCCAAAAAGAUACAACCUGAUAUACCUGCCCUGGUGAAUACCAUAAUUCUUCACUUCUUCGUGUACACUACUAGUGUCAUCACCUUAGAUUCUAUAGAACGUCACUCGGUUCAUCAGUUCUCUUUACUUAUCAUUCACCCACUAUCCUCGACAAAUUCAAACAUCUUGAAUAUGCAAACGAUCAUUCUCACGACACUCUUGACCAAUAGUCCCUCUUCAACAACUUACAUUAUUCCAAAAAACCAACUACUCAAGAACUCAUCAUAUUGAUCAACCGUCAACCGCAAGCAAAUUCACUUUGACGACAUGAGUCAAGCAGCUCCAGUGAACCAUACCAAUGGUCCACCGAGAGAUAAACAGCCCUAUAUCCAAAAUGCAGUGAAUAACUUUAUCGAAAUCUCGGAUUCGGACUCCGAAGGCUAUGAAGAUGCUUUUAAUGGACCUCAAGUCCCCGCGCACCCCCCACAUCUAAAUUUACAACACCAUCAACUCGGAGGGUAUUUUGGUGCCAACGACCAGAUAUUUGAUCUCGAGGAUAACAACCUAGUGUACCCGGGUCGAUUACCUCAACCCGCAGUUGCAGCUGUACCCGAAAAUAAAGCCAUGGCCAGAAAUCCUUCUCUUGUCAAGAACGAAGAAGGGGAAAUGAAUUGGGCACAGUGGAUGGAUGAGGAAAAUGACGAAGGUAUCAAUCGUGUACUGUUGGAAGAUUAUACCUUUCAAGCGGAAUACAAUCGAGCUUCACAUGCUUCUCCUUCGUUUGUUGAUCCUUCUCGUCUCCAUCAACCAUUUCAACCAUCACCAAACAAUUUAAAGCAACCGAUGAUGGAAACAAAGACGGAAUGUAUCAAUGCAGUUGUUGCAGUCUUCCCAGAGAUUUGUAGGGAUCAUGUCGCUAGUCUUUAUGAAAAAGUAUCUUUCACUUCUGAUCGAUUGAUUGCUCACAUUCUGGAUCAAGCGGAUGCUGGCACUCCUUACCCAAAAGCAAAAGAUGUCCAGAAGCAAUUGAAGAGAAAGAGAGUACUUACCGAAGAAGAGGAAGCUGUACAAAAAUAUGAAGCUGCCGAUCGCAUCGUUGGGCCUGCUUUAUAUUUGGAGCGGACACUAAUUCGGAGCAUCCUCUCAUUCGAGUUUCCAGUAACUCCAUUGACCUUUAUAGAUGAAACACUACGUUCUACUGGUCAUCGUCUCUUCUCCGCCUACCGCACACUCGAGGAAGCAGAUCGAACUUUUGAUGCUAAUAAUCCACCAUAUAGGAGAAUCAAAACUCCGAGAAAAAUGCCACAAGAAUACCGAGGUGGUAGAAUUGAGGAACUAAUUCAAAUGAAUGAAUCGCCCGAGAAGGUAGAGACUUUAAAAGAACUACUCGUAUGUCGGAAGAUUCGAAAGACUGCGGAAAGUCGUCGCCUCGCGGAACAAGAAGCAAUACUUGCAGAAGAAGAGAAUCUAAAGAGAGCUGAAGCUGAGGGAACUAUGACAGAAUGCUGCUGUUGCUAUUCGGACUAUCCACUCAAUCGCAUGGUUCACUGCAACAAUGAAGAAGUCCUGCAUUGGUUUUGCCGUGGGUGUGCACGACAAUCAGCGGAGACCGAAAUUGGAAAUUCCAAAUAUCUACUCAUGUGUAUGUCCACGGAUGGAUGUGAAGCAGGGUUUUCUCUUGAACAAAGAAAUCAAUUCCUAGACGAAUUAACCAUCGUCGCCUUGGAACGUAAUGAAGCAGAAGCUGUCUUACGUAUGGCUGGUAUUGAAAAUCUUGCCAGUUGUCCAUUUUGUCCAUUCGCAGCAGAAUAUCCUCCUGUCGAAGUUGAUCGAGAAUUUCGAUGUCAAGCUCCUGAUUGCGAAAAGGUCAGUUGUCGACUUUGUAAAUUGGAGUCACAUAUCCCUAUGACUUGUGAAGAAAGUACAAAGGCAAAUGGUCUCUCGAUUAGACGACAAAUUGAGGAAGCAAUGUCUGCAGCAAUGAUUAGGACUUGUAACAAAUGUGGCACUCCAUUUGUAAAGGAAGAAGGUUGCAAUAAAAUGACAUGCACACGCAAUGGAUGUUAUAAUGUCCAAUGCUAUGUUUGUUCCAAAUCAUGCAAUUACGAUCAUUUUAAUGAUGUAAGGAGAGGUGGUAAGGAUGGAAAUUGUCCACUGUUCGAAUCGGUGGAGGAACGACAUUAUGAUGAAGUUAAGAAGGCCGAAAAAGAAGCACUGGCAAAAGUUCGUGCAGAACAUCCCGAAUAUUCCGAGGAGGACUUGAGAAUCAAGAUGUCGGAAAAUGUCACCAAGGAUGAUGAAAGGAGAAAGGCUGCGGAUCCAAGGAUUCCUUAUUAUCGACCUGUGGGUUAGUACUUCGCAAUGAUUUUUUUCGUCGUUAAUUGAUACCAUAAUGUUGUGUGAUCUUUGGCCUUUGGCAAUGGGUGGGUAAAUCUUAGAAAUAGUAUUCUAUUCUUUCUCAUUUUGAAAUCAGAUACUACGUAGUAAGAUAAAU